UUUCAUGAUCGCUCCAGUCGGGCGGGCAGAGUUCACUGCACUAUUAAAACCCGGGGGAUACCCCCGUGUGACCUGAAUAAUAUACAAAUAUCAAGAAAAUAACAAUUUCGACCGCGCCGUCCUUGUCGCCUUGAAAGACAGCUCGCGUGGGGUUUUAUAUCCCGUGGCAGCCCAACUUGCGGACACGACUGGAAGAAGUCAAAAGCAAGCUCAAAGAUGUCAAUUCUGCCUUUUACUCCCCCCAUCGUCAAGAGACUUUUGGGCUGGAAGAAGGGAGAGCAGAACGGCCAGGAGGAGAAGUGGUGUGAAAAGGCGGUGAAAAGUCUUGUGAAGAAGCUGAAGAAGACGGGACAGCUGGACGAACUUGAGAAAGCCAUCACCACGCAGAAUAGCAACACAAAGUGCAUCACUAUACCAAGGUCUCUUGAUGGCCGCUUGCAGGUAUCUCACAGAAAAGGUCUGCCCCAUGUCAUCUACUGUCGUUUGUGGCGUUGGCCCGACCUGCAGUCCCACCAUGAACUGCGGGCAGUGGAGUUGUGCGAAUAUGCAUUUCACACAAAGAAGGAUGAGGUGUGUGUCAACCCCUACCACUACCAGAGAGUAGAGACUCCAGUCCUCCCUCCUGUGCUGGUGCCCAGACACACAGAGAUUCCGAGUGAAUUUCCACCUCUGGAUGACUACAGCCAUUCAAUCCCUGAAAACACCAACUUCCCUGCUGGCAUUGAGCCCCAGAGCAACUAUAUACCAGAAACCCCACCGCCAGGCUAUCUCAGUGAGGAUGGCGAGACGAGUGAUCACCAGAUGACCCACAGCAUGGACACAGGCUCACCAAACCUGUCGCCCAAUCCUGUCUCCCCCACACACAAUAACUUGGAUCUCCAGCCUGUGACAUAUUGCGAGCCAGCCUUCUGGUGCUCCAUUUCUUACUACGAGCUGAACCAACGGGUAGGAGAGACCUUCCACGCUUCGCAGCCCUCGCUGACAGUAGACGGUUUUACAGACCCUUCCAACUCCGAGCGUUUCUGCCUCGGCCUCUUGUCCAACGUCAACCGCAACGCUGCAGUGGAGCUAACACGCAGACACAUUGGUCGUGGAGUGCGACUCUAUUAUAUUGGAGGAGAAGUGUUUGCCGAGUGUCUCAGUGACAGCGCCAUCUUUGUGCAGAGCCCCAACUGUAACCAACGCUACGGCUGGCACCCCGCCACUGUCUGCAAGAUUCCGCCAGGCUGCAAUCUGAAGAUUUUUAACAACCAGGAGUUUGCUGCACUGCUGGCCCAGUCCGUCAACCAGGGUUUUGAGGCUGUGUACCAACUCACCAGGAUGUGCACCAUUCGCAUGAGCUUUGUUAAGGGCUGGGGGGCUGAGUACAGGCGACAGACGGUGACCAGCACCCCCUGCUGGAUCGAGCUGCACCUGAACGGCCCCCUGCAGUGGCUGGACAAGGUUCUCACACAAAUGGGCUCCCCCAGCAUCCGCUGCUCCAGCGUCUCUUAGGGAACCUCUGCUCCCGUGUAUGUCAGUGACUGAAAACAACAACCAGUACGCAAAGAUGAUCCUUCAGUGACCCUGCUCUUCUUCCCCACCCGAUGUCAGUAGCACUUUUUCUAUCCAGUACAGUACAUGUUGUUUGUUUUGUGUGGCGAAAGGGGAGAAGUGCAUUAAAGCAGGACCAUGUUAGUAUGAUCUCUGCUUGUUGAUUGUUCUUGUCAAAUCCUCACUAAGUGAAUGGCUUAAUGAGGGCGCUUUUCACUUAAGAGAUUCAUAUAUUUGUUUUUGAAUUGUUUUUAUGGUGUACAUACAGUAUGUCACAUUGCAUUGUUGGAGAAAGAGUUAGUGUCUUUAAGAUCUUUUUUAACCUCCUGUUAAUUUAGCUAUCUGAUGAUAUGAAAGUAAUCCCAAUACUGUACCUUUUUUUUCUCCCCCAAUUCAAAACAGUUCCUAUGUCUGACAUGCUUUUGUUAAAAUACCCCAAGGUUUAAGAGAUUGAAUUAUAAUACACCGUACACACUUUCUCACUGAUAUUGGAACGUUUUCUGGGGCCGUCCGUCUCAUGUAAGUGAGCAAAUGUAUACUCCACUCUAUAUACUGCUGGGCCAAUGGCGAGCCCUGCUUUCAUGAUUAGCAUGACAAGCAGGGGUGCAGCCUGAGCGGAGCAGACCCAAUGUGGAUAAAAAAGUGAGUGCCAGUAAACGCAAUAUAAGCAUUUUUGACUCGUGAAGACAACACUGAGACGCAUGGACACCUAGGCAGUCCAUCAUUGCAUGCAGCACUUUUCCUUAUGGAUCAGUGCAAAAACUAGGCCAACUCCAAUUUCCAAGAUGGCCGUGUCCAUUGAACCAAACUUUACCUCCUGCAAGAACAUCCCAGAAGAUGAGGCUUAGAAGUUGAUCGUAUUGUAGCUCAGUAAGUAAAUGUUAUUUAUCAUCUUAUAUGAAAUCUAGAUAGAUCUAAUGGAUGUUUGGAAUAAUCUAAAAUUUGAAGAAAACCCAAGGUUCUAGCUGUAAGAAAUAAUCAUUGCCAUGUAAAUGCCCCUGAUUUUAUUGUGGGCAUAAAACUUCAAAUCAGUCUCGGCAAUGGCGAAAAUGGGGUUCGCCCACUCUAGUUCUCAGUGACUCAGUUGGCAAUGGAAAAUCAAAACAUGAAAAUGUGACUGCUUUUUCUUUUCACAAAAUAUGAAAAUGUGACAUGAUUUUUGUAAAAUUUCGUCUUAGGCAAAAUUGAAAUACUAUACCCCCUUCUCCUAAAUUGCCACUGCAUUGACAACAUGGUCCGAUUCUGCAUGAUCGUGUUUCAGACAAUCACUUGAAAGUGGUUCUGGAUGUCAGUGGUCAUGUAAUGGGCGGAGAAACUUGGUCUUUUCCGUGACAGGGGUGACGUGCAGAGCAUCUGACUCACAGCCACAUUAUUUUCUUUGUUUUUUUUUCUUUUUAAAGCUGUGUAACAAAAGAAUUAUGCGGUUGUUUAACUUCACACUUGAAAAAUGGCAAGCACUCCAUCGAUGCAAGUAUUUUGUAUACUGUGCAACGAAUUGAAAAAGUCAAUUAGACAUACUCGACGUAUGUCCCCUUUGAACGUCCCUGUUAACGCAACCUUUGUUACUCUCACUCCAAGCUCAGGUGGAGAAAUUCCUUUUUGUCAUUGUUCUUAUAGUUCAUGAGUGUCUUGUCUCGCAUUGCUGACAUGUAGUAGGCAUCCACGAUGAGGAUAUCCAAGACAUCUCACGUGCUCAAUGUUUGUAUUUGCAUGUAAAUGAACCUGAGGAGACAGUGCAGUUGUUUUCCUGCUCUAUAUUCACAUUUAAACACUCAGGACUGUAAAAGGAAAAAGAAAUGCCUAAUUGUACACAGAAACCGGGAGAAACAUCUAUUUUAACUUCUAUUGUUUCUAGGACAGAAACAUUUUCUCCAUGCAGCUUUUGAUAAAUGGAAAUACUUCAAUGGAAGCAUGUAAAUAAUAGUAGAUCCGCAAAAUCUUUAUUUUUACUCUAGUGUAUAUUAUUUGUUAGCAUUCACCUUUAUAAUGUUGAUGAUUUUUGUCAAAUUGUGAUGAAAGACAGAUGAAAGAAUAUUCAGUCUUAGCUUUGGUUCUGGCAGGGGGUACAUCUAGUUCCAAAAUAAAGGCUCCCGUUCCUGAACAUGGACAAUAUAUAUUAUUACGUUAUGCUUGUUUUCAUAAAUUCAGCUUUGACGUUAAGGCCUGCCCAGUGGUGCUAAUAUUUAACAUUAUUGGGACGUAAAGCAAGUGUGUUGACACUCACAGACGGGUGAGGACUUUUAAUCCCUUUAAAUGUUCCAUUUGUUUCAGAAAAGUAGCAUCUACCAAUCUGAGACCGCGACUCCUUUUUAUGGUGUCACUCAACACCACAGUACAAGUCCUUAAGGGCUCUUAUUUCACCCCAUAGUCUGGGAAGUGUUCCCGUAUACACUCUUUAGUAACUGUGUUUGUGCUCUUCCAAAUUGCUCACAUUAUCAGUUCAUCUGUAGUAGUUGUGAUCUCACUUCACUUUUGGAUGUCAUACAAUUAUGUCCUUUAUUUUCUCCUGUCUAUAAAUGAUUUUGAUGCUUUGUUUGUUUGGUCUAUUGAAUAAAAUAUAUCGAUAUC